GCCACGGUGGCUCGUCCAGCGUCAGGUCGGCUCCGGCAGAUGCGGGCAGAACGUGCUCUCUGCUGUUCCUCUGUGUGCCGGUCACGCGGACUGACGCGUUUCCGCCCGCUGGUCUCUGCUCGGUAUUUGACUCGUCUGCCUGGAUUUGCCUGCGACCAAGCCGAAUGACAACGGUGACAGGCUGCAGGUCAGAGGAACCCAGCCAGACCCCGGGUCGGUGAUGGUCCAGUUCCAGCUCGGCCUGUCCAGAGAAGUGGUCCGAGUCCCCUGUGCAAACGUCAGUUACCGCCAUGCCAGGAAGCUGGCCUCCGACAUCAUAGAGUCCAAGGCUCCAGACUGCAGUGUGGUGGGUGUUGGGGAGAAGAUUUUGCUCUUCAGACAUCAUCCUGCAUCAGAACAGCUGCUGCAGCGCCUGACAGAUCAGGACAUCCUGCAGGAUGGAGACCUCAUCGAGGUCAUUGUCUCAGGAUCAGCCACCGUGACUGAGGUGAAGAGCCGCCCCCACUCGCUGGUGGUCCAGUCGUACCGCAGCCCGACCUUCUGCCACCACUGCGGAGAGAUGCUGUGGGGUCUCGUUCGCCAGGGCCUCAAAUGUGAAGGUUGUGGACUGGACUUCCAUAAGCGCUGUGCCCUCCAGCUGCCUAGCAACUGCAGAUGGACUCAUCGUCCAUUUGGACCCAGUCUCUCGCUGUUUCCUCCCCGGAGGCCCAGAGUGCACUCCCUCUCCACACAAGCAGGGGGCAGUCUGGAGGAGAUCAGCAUGUCCAAGCCCAGAUCCAGACCUCCGUCCUGGGCCGAGCCUGCUGUGUGGCUGGCUGUGGGUCCAGGAGACGGGGCCAAGGCCUCGGUCCCCCACACCUUCCACAUCCACAGCUACACCAAACCCACCGUCUGCCAGUACUGUCGCCGGCUGCUCAAAGGCCUCUUCAGACAGGGCCUGCAAUGCUCCGAUUGCAGGUUUAACUGUCACCGGCGCUGCGAGCCGUUUGUCCCCAGAGACUGUCCGGGGGAGAGAAGAGGGACUGGUGCAGAAGAUUCCGUGAGCAGUCACAGUGACAGUAACAGAGAUGAGGUCAGCAGGUCAGAAGUCAGCCCUAUGACGUCACUGGACGGCAGCGAGGCCGGCGUGUUCUCUGAGGAACCAGUGACGGCGUCCACACACGCUUCACACCAGCAGCCGGACAUCAGCCCAUGUUUCAGUAGCUACAUCCCUCUGAUGAGAGUUGUCCAGUCUGUCCGUCACACCAAGAGGAAACAGAGCGGUGUCCUGAGAGAGGGAUGGCUACUACAUCACACCAACACUGACACACUGAGAAAACGUCAUUACUGGAUUCUGGACCAGAGGAGCAUCAUGCUGUACCAGAAUGAGAGCAGCACCAAGUACUACAAGGAGAUCCCGAUAUCCGAGGUCCUGCAGGUACGAAGCCCCAGGGUGCUCACCGUUCCGGUCUUACCGGGCGGUGCGGCUCAUUCGUUUGAGAUUUUGACCACCGCGGUCAUCUACUGUGUCUCUGCCGGCGAGGACGGGCCGGCGUGGGAGGACGCCAUCAGGCGGGCUUUAAUGCCUUUACACAGCAACUGGCCCACAGAGGACCGAGAUGAAGGUCUUCACCGUGCAGAGGAGGCUGACGUCAGCUUGAUGUACCAGAUCUUUACAGAUGAGGUGCUGGGGUCUGGACAGUUUGGAGUGGUCUACAGAGGUACUCACAGACAGUCUGGACGGCCCACGGCCAUCAAAGUAAUAGACAAAACCCGUUUCCCCAGCAAGCAGGAGACGCAGCUGAGGAACGAAGUCGCAAUCCUGCAGAAUCUGUCACACCCUGGUGUGGUUCUGGUGGAGGCCAUGUUUGAGACGGUGCAGCACAUCUUUGUCGUCAUGGAGAAGCUCCAUGGAGACAUGCUGGAGUUGAUUCUGUCCAAUGAGAAAGGUCGACUGCCGGAGCGCAACACACGCUUCCUGGUCAUGCAGAUCCUUGAGGCUUUGCGGUAUCUGCAUUUCAAACACAUCGCCCACUGUGACCUGAAACCAGAAAACGUCCUGCUGGUCUCGCCAGACCCCUUCCCUCAGGUGAAGCUGUGCGACUUCGGCUUUGCUCGCAUCAUCGGCGAGAAGUCGUUCCGUUGCUCGGUGGUGGGCACACCGGCGUACCUGGCCCCCGAGGUCAUCAACAGUAGCGGCUACAACCGCUCGCUGGACAUGUGGUCGGUGGGGGUCAUCAUGUACGUCAGCCUGAGCGGCACCUUCCCCUUCAAUGAGGACGAGGACAUCACCCAGCAGAUCACCAACGCUACCUUCAUGUAUCCACGGCAAUACUGGGCCGCCAUCUCGCUGCAAGCGGUGAGUUUGAUCCGGAAUCUUCUUCAGGUGUCGGUCAGACGCCGGUUCAGUGUAGGAAAAGCUCUCGGACACGCCUGGCUGCAGGACUUCCAGUUGUGGUGCGAUCUGCGGGAGUUUGAGCUCCGGCUGGGCUGCAGGUAUCUGACACAGGAAGGAGACAAGGACUUCUGGAGACGGCACGCUGAAGAAAAGGGGCUGGACUUCCCCCAUCACCUGUAAUGACACACACGCCCUUCCCAGGGGCCAAUUGUGCCCCCUGCAAAACCCGACUGCCCUUACCAUCACACUGUCCACCUUGUAACACACGGCUCUACCACCGUCUUCAACUCUGCCCCGCAGGUACCCCCACCACACCAUACACCCUACGACCUUUUAGGGCACAACUUUCAUAUUAGUCAUUCUCUUUGCUCCUAUUACAUUGUAAUUUGUACCCCCGACAACAGCACCCUUAUGACAUCCCUCCCCACCAGCUCUACACCCCC